CUCGCAUUUGCGAAGUAAUUCAUCUCCACGAAAAUGCUACAGACCCGGUGGGGAGGCAUUGCGGCCCGUUUCAAUGCACGAAAUACACGCCUGACCUCUUUGACACGGACCGGAACCUCAAGCCACCAUGCCUACACUCCGACAGCCGCUCGACGCGUCCAUAUUGGAAGGUCACGUGUACCAUCCCUCACAUCCACACCCCCAGGCGCCCUACGACCAUCGAAAUUGCCGACUGGAUGCCGGCCGCCCUUAGGACGUUCAGUGCCUCUUACUGUUGGUGGGCCCCGCCUCCACUCCGCCUUUCCUACCAAAACCGUUAUCUUCGUUGUUGUCAUUGCAGCUGCCGCGCUUUACUUUGUUGAAAUCAAAACAGACGACUGGGCAGAUCAUGUACUCGCAUCCUUUGCGGGCGAUCCGAGUGCUACGCCUCUUCACUUCUACAAGGAUCGUGAAGAGGUAGACCAUUGGGCGCAUUACCAUAUCCCGAAUCCAAGUGACCCAUUGAAAGAUCCACAGGUGAUGAAACAAAUUAGUGAUCAGUUCACGAAGAUCGCUUUUGGUUGGGAAAUCGAACCUGAAGAGUCGAUUGAAUUCGAGAUACCGGUCACACAUGGAAUCAGAUUUAGGAGCAACGAACCCUGCGAAGAUUACUACGCUAUUGGCACCGCACCAGGACCUGGUUCAAAGCCUUGGAACUAUUGGUCGAUCUACGAUGGACAUGCGGGCCGCCACACAGCGUAUCAUCUCCAAUGGACUCUCCACCCGAGCCUCUCUCGCGCCCUCUCGAACCUGAGUCCAGCAUCCACCUCCUCUAUAAUCCACGCUACUAUCAAAGACGUCUUCACCAGCCUUGACAACGAGCUCAUGUCACGCGCGAAACACGCCGCAAACUGGUUCCCCGCUGCUAAUGCGGCCGCCAUUUCCGCAUUAACGCCCGCUUUCAGCGGCAGUUGCGCGCUCCUUGCAGCCUUCGACCCCGAGCAGAGUAAGCUACGCGUCGCCUGUGUCGGGGAUUCUCGCGCUGUCCUGGGACGUUGGGACCCGUUGGAAAUGAAGUACGUUGCGCAGCCACUUUCUACAGACCAAACGGGCUUCAAUGAGGCCGAAGUGGCUCGUAUCAAGGAGGCUCAUCCAGGCGAAGAAGACAUCCUUGAUCCAAAGAGCGGGCGACUUUUAGGGCUUGCUGUAACGCGGGCUUUCGGCGACCACCGCUGGAAAUGGGACAAUGAGUUCAUUAAGCAGCUGCAGUCCAAGUACUGGGGCACCGCACCACGCCCGCAGUCGAAGACCCCACCUUACUUGACGGCCGAGCCUGAGAUCACGGAGACAGAUAUCGUACGUGCGGACCCGAAAGACAAGUCUUCCAAAAGCGACUUUAUGAUUAUGGCUAGUGAUGGGCUGUGGGACCAUAUUAGCAGUGAGCACGCAGUUGAAUGCGUGGAACGCUGGCUCGAAGCUAAAGAGCGCGGCAACGGGAAGGUCUCUCAGGACCCCAGAAUGCAGCAACCAAUCUUCAGCAACGGCUUCAACGUCGACGAAGGCGUAGAAUAUGACGCUGAGACUGGAAAACAGAUUACUUGGAAGGCCGAGCCACAGUACUUCGCUAUCGAGGAUGACAACGCAGCUGUGUGUCUUGCUCGUAACGCCAUGGGUGGUACACGACGCGGGCUAUUCCUCGGCUUGUUGAGCAUUGCGGGUCCGCUCUGCCGUGAUGCCGUUGACGAUACGACUGUCAUGGUUAUCUUCUUUGAUCACAUUAGCAGAGAGGGCAAGAAGAAACCUGGAGGCGAGAAGAAGAGCUCAUGGUGGCCUUGGUGAGUUAUUCAGCGAGGAUAUAUGCUUUCGAUGGCUCGAUUAGAGCUUUUUGUCGUUUGGGGAGUGUAUAGUAAUUUGGUGUGCUGUGUAGGACGCGCGUGUGGGAUGCUGAGGUCAGCGGCGACAGCCGUAACGUUAAGGGUUAACCACGUCGCACUCUCUGUAUGGGAACCCCUUUGUUUUUCUUCUUGGACGAGGCGAGAGGACGAGGCGAGAUAGCCAGUGAGAGCAGCCCGUGCAGUACUUAUCGAAGGUUCUGUAUUUGAAGAGGUUUCCUUGCAGAGAGACUAUCGAGUUAAUUGGGGCAGUCGGGCAGUAGGACGUUUGAGAAAGGCAAGAUCAACAGCAAAGCGGAUGAACCCGGAAUUCAAC